AAGAUAGCUUCCGUAAUUUUCCCUUCCUCUUUAAAAUGGCUCACAAAGACAUAAUUUAAAAUGCCAAAUAGCAAGCCCACGACUCCAUUUUCUGGAAAAAUGGAACGCAAAGGUAAUCAAGGUGAAAUUGCUGGGAUUUUGGUUGAAUUCUUGGAGGUAGCUAUCACUUCAGUCGUUUACCUCAAAGGAAUUUAUCCUUCCGGUGCUUUCGAGAGAAGAAGGUAUAUGAAUGUUGUCGUACAAAGGGCUCGACAUCCCCAGCUAAGAGAAUAUAUCCAUUCCGCUGUUUCGGGACUUCUUCCUUCCAUCCAAAAGGGUUUGGUGGAGAGAGUCGCAGUUACUUUUUUCAACACAGACAACAUUCCCAUGGAGAGGUUUAUCUUCAAACUAACGGUUAAUCAAUCUUUUGGCUCAAAAGUGGAAGAAAGUGAUCUAGAGUUCUCUCUUCGAUCAUUCGUGAUCAAACUUUCAGUUUCCCAACCCCUUACAACAGUUCUUCCCCGUGAUUGCAGGUGGGAGAUCAUGGCUUACUUCCGGUCGCUCCCUCAGGUUAGUACGAGCAAGGAUGCGGAAAUGUGGAUCCCAACUGACACAAAACAAUGGCAACAACCUCCGUUAAUAACACCGAUCAAGUCGAUGAACAGUGAACCUCUGGGUUUGCAGUUAUACUUGGAACACCCUAGCCCAUCUGAACUGGUUUCUGGGUAAACUGGUAUGAGUUUUGGGACAUUAUGUUGUUUAUGUUAUUAUACACUUCAAAAAUGGAGUUGGGGUGACCUCAAAACUUUUGGAAUGUGGUAGAAGUAGGUAAAAGUACCAUGGAGGUCUUUAUAAUAGGAGUGAGAUUGUAUUUUACUUUCUCUACUUAAAAAAUAGACAAAUUAGUUCAUGUACGUUAAAUCAAAGAGCAGAUUGAUCUUUUUUUUUUAAAA